CUAUAAAUUCCACACCCAAAAUGUAGUUGAAGUUAAAUUCUUUUAACAAGAAUUAAGCUAAAAAAACCCUUUACAGAAUCCAUUUGCCUUCUAAUCUUCUUCUCUUCAAGACAAAAUGUCAUAUGAAGAAGUUGUAAUGACAGAUCCAAUGGCACCAAAUAAUGGCUCUUUCAAUGGUGGUGUUCCUCGUCGAGAUGCAAACUUUCCCCCAAGUUCUUGGGGAGACUAUCUUCUUUCCUCUCAUUGCAACGAUAAUCCGGUGGAAGACGACAAGUUCGGAAACAACUUCAAGAACUAAAAGAAGAAGUGAGAAGCAUGUUUGCAGCUGCUGAUAUAACUUCAGAAAGACUAAGUUUAAUUGAUUCAAUUCAACGUCUAGGUGUUUCUUACCACUUUGAAGAUGAAAUUAAUGAAAUUCUAGAACAUAUGCAAAAGCUUAGCAAAGUUGACGGUGAUGAAGAUCUUUACAUUAUUGCUCUUAGAUUUUGAUUGCUUAGACAACAAGGUUACUACGUUUCAUGCGAGAUAUUCAAUAAAUUUACAAAUGAAAAUGGAGAUUUCAAAGAAUCAAUUGUGAAGGAUGAAUGUGGAAUAUUAAGUUUGUAUGAGGCAUCCCACUUGAGAAUUAAAGGAGAAAAUAUAUUAGAUGAAGCAUUAGCUUUCACAACUACUCAACUUAAAGCAAUGGCCAUGGAUUCCAGUUCUCCAUUCUCAGAAGAAGCUAAAUAUGCUUUGAAGUGGCCAAUCCAUAAGGCUUUGCCAAGGUUUAUGACUAGGCACUAUAUUUCUCUCUAUACCAAGAAUCCAUUGAAGAAUAAUGAUGUUUUGCUCACUUUUGCAAAGUUGGACUACAAUUCUCUUCAAAAAUUUUACCAAAAAGAAGUGGGUGAAUUUUCAAGGUGGUGGAAGGAUUUGAAAUUGAGGGAGCAAUUAUAUUUUUCAAGAGAUAGGGUGAUGGAGUGCUAUAUUUGGGCAUUGGGAAUAUACUAUGAACCACAAUACUCUAAUGCUAGAAGAAUAUUAGUCAAAGUAAUUGCUCUUAUAUCUGUUCUUGAUGAUAUGUAUGAUGUCUAUGCCACACUUGAUGAACUUCAACCAUUCACCAAAGCAAUUGAAAGGUGGGAUGUGAAUUGCAUUGAUAAGCUCCCAAAUUAUAUGAAAGGACUUUAUGAAGCUAUACUUGAAGUUUAUGGAGAGAUUGAAGAUAUUUGCAAGGAUAAUAAUAUUCCAUUUGCAUUUGAUUAUGCAAAAGAAGCGAUGAAAAGGCAAUGCAGAGCUUAUUUUAUGGAAGCCAAAUGGUUCAAUGAAGGUUACAUACCAACAAUGGAAGAAUACAUGAAAGUUGCCCUCAUUUCUGCUGCCUACUAUCUUUUUGCUUCAGUUUCCUUCCUUGCUUUGGGAAAUAUUGCUUCAAGAGAGGUUUUUGAAUGGGCUCAAACUGACCCUAUGCUUCUUAAAGCAACUGGAGUAAUUGGCAGGCUUCUCAAUGACAUAGCUUCGCACAAGUUUGAACAAAAGAGAGGUCAUGUGGCUUCUGCAAUUGAAUGUUACAUGAAGGAAUAUGGAGUAUCAGAAGAAGAGGCCCUAACUAAAUUAGAUAAGGAAGUGGAAAGAGCAUGGAAAGAUGUAACAAAAGACUACAUAAAAUCUUCCAAGUUUCCAAAUGUGAUCCUUGACUGUGUGUUGAAUGUUGCUCGACUUUCAGAUCUCUUUUAUAAGGAAGGAGAUGGUUACACAUUCGCUGAUGGAGAAACCAAGCAAUUUAUUACCUUAUUGCUUAUUCAUCCUGUGCCAAUUUGAUCAAUUCUACAACGUUGUUUGAUCGAUCUUUUUAUAUCUCAACACCUUUUCUUUCAAUAUAUUUGUAGUCAUUUGACGCAUGUGUAGUUAAUAGUUUGUUAAAUCACUGAUUGACCCAAAAUUUAUGUUAAAUUGAAGAAACUUUGACUCAAAUACCUCAUAUUUUAUUUGUUUA